AUGCUUGCAUCAGAAGCGUGUACUUGUGAUAUGAUGAUGCCAGGUAGGAAGAUCAAGUACGAUGUGAAGAUCAUCGAACAGACCGACAGUAGGCAUCGCCGCACACUCUGUCUUUCCAUGGAUUUGGAAGAACUGUUCGCUGAAAUAUGCGGCAGCAAAGGCGUCGACGGCGUAGGUGUCCUCGCCGACACGCACUUGGCCAUGUACANAGGCCACGAAAAUGAGCUAGAAGCGUUUAACAUGUACCUGAUAAGGCUUUCCAGAUAG